GAGUGAUAAAACUUUGUUUAGUUGCGUUUGUUGUACACUGCGAAGUUCAUGUUCAGUUCAACUCAAUUUACAAAAUUAUUAAUUUGGGUGGGUGAUUUUAGUACAUGUUUCAAGACAUCGCACGAUGGACAUAAUUAAUUACUCGUUCGUUUUAGAAAUUCGCUAGAACAACGUAACCUAUCUUCUGUCAUGACCUUUGAAGAUCCUUUUUUCGUCGUUAAAGAAGAUGUUUUGAAAGCUUUGAAUAAAACGGUGAAUUUGUAUCGUCGGUGGAACGAUAUACAGGCUGAGCCCAUCACUGUAAAUUUACUACGAGAAGAAAUCGAAUGGAUUACGACAGAAUUACGUAACAGUUUGAGAAGUAUUGAAUGGGAUUUGGAAGAUUUGGAGGAUACUAUCAGUAUCGUAGAGAAGAACCCGACGAAGUUCAAAAUCGAUGCUAACGAAUUGAACCUUAGGAGGAAGUUCAUUCAAGAUACCCGAGCUGAAGUUAAGUGUAUGCGAGAAAAGCUGAGCUAUUCGAAAGCAGUAGAUAUAGAUAAAACUUCCAGACAACCAUUAAUUGAAAACCUGACAGCGGCGGCGGUCAAAAUGGGUGGAGGAGGAGCACACAGCAGCACAAAGUAUUCCAAACUGGAGAAUCAAAUCGAUAGCCCGGUACAUACGCAAUUUGCCAAGACUCAGACUUCGUUGCAAAAUAACAUGGUACACGAACAGGACGAUCAAUUAGGAUUAAUAGCUGAUUCGAUCGGUACACUGAAAAACAUGUCGCAUCGAAUCGGUAUCGAAUUAGAUGAACAAGACGAGAUGCUUAAUGAGUUACACAGCGAAAUCGAACAUACAGAUUCACGAAUCGAUUCAACGAUGAAAAAAGUUGCCAAAGUGUUGCAUCUAUCUAACGAUCGAAGCCAGUGGGUCGCCAUUUGUAUAUUGACUGGAUUACUGAUUUUGAUAUUGUUCCUAUUUAUAAUGCUUUAAUAUGUAGGUAUAUCACAUCGUUGUCUCUAUCCUUCAUAUCAUUUUGAGAGGAAUGUCGUAUAGUUGGUGUUUCGAUCAUGCCUUUUACAUAUAAAGAACCACAUCAGCAUCGAUCUCAGCAGAAUUUAUAGCUCUAGCCUAGUUAAUACACAUUUACCAAAGUUGUAUUUUUUUUACAUAUAAACACGUACAAAUAGUUUUUCAUUAUUAAUAGUUGUUAGUUGCCGGAGUCGAUACGUUUGCAACUAGUUAUAAAAUAUACGCUUGUUUUUAUCAAUUUUAUGUACUUUCUUCCUUAUUUCUUUUUAUUUGUCGUUUAUUUUUUGUUGGCCAUUUUUAUUUUUUACGUGAUUGUAGUGAUUUUUUUAUUUAUUUUGUAAUUCUUCCUAUUUUUAAACGGUUGUAUAUAAAUAUAAAUUAUUUUAUAUUUUAUAGAAUGUUGUGAGCUUUAUUAGUACUAUCGUAUUCAACUUUUGUAUAAGGUUGUAAAUAACAGCAUUUAUAAUGGAACUAGUCGCUCGAUAUUUUUAUCCAAAGUAUAUUAUUUUUAAAAAAAUUAUAUUUGUGUGAAAAUCAAACAAAAAAACUGGUAAAAUGUUUUUACAAACGAAAAAUAUCAUUUUCGAUGUUGGAACUUCAACUUCGUUACUUCUCAUAAUAUUAUCAACAAAAUUAUCGUGGUCUGUGAACAACAAAGAAGUGCUAAAUUACGCCACAAAAUAACUAUCUUACCUAGUACCUACUAUAAAUAAUAAAGUAAAAAAUGUUAACAAGAUAAGAAAUUCCAUUAGGUAAAUAUUUCUUCAAAAUACUCACCAACCCAACGAAAAUUAAAAUGUAUCCGGUAAUUAAGAAAACCGCUAUCUUUCUCGCUUUUUCCUUAUUAACUCGAAUGCAAGAUUUACACGAGGGUUUAUCGUUUGUCGUCGAAUGCUCAGUAUUGGUCAAAUUUAGGGAAGGAUUUAUCGUUGUUGUAGUUGCAUUAUUAGGCAUUUGCUUGAAACAACAAUUAUUCUGAAAAAAAAAAAACAAAACACAUGAAUUUGGACUUUUAAAAUUCACCUUUACUAAAAUUCUGAAUCAAAGAUUAUAAUUACUUCUUCUUCGAAUUCUUUCAUUUCUUGAAGCAUGAUCUUAUCUUCUGGAAAAUGAGCUGUGAUAUUAUCGGAAAUAGUGUCAGCAUUUAUCACAAUUGAAAAUGUAGCAAUUAAACCCCACAGGAAUUGGAAUAUCAACAAUAUAACACAUAAAAAUAACGUCUAAGAAAUAGAAUCGAUAUUAAUUUGUUUUCUAAACGUGCAAAAUUAUAGAUAUGCCAUUUAAGCUCCAUAAUUGGAGAUAGAUUCUUACUGCGUCAACAAGUAUGGUGGUAUUCCAAUAGAAAGCGAAAACCAUAAAUAUUUUCGUAACAAUAAAAGUGCCUGUAAUAAAGUAUAUCCAGAAAUGUACACUUGGUCUGAACAAUAAUUCGUAUAUUUCGAAGUAACAUAUUAACAUUGCGCAAUUAAUAACCUGGAAUUAAUUAAAAUUUUAAAUUUAUAGAAUACUCAGAGACUUAUUUAAUUUUCACACUUACUACUAGAGCGACUGAAAUUGCCAAUUGGUAGUCUCUGGUGUACUGUUGUGGUUUAAGAGAAAGUCGUUUUCUUUCCAUUUAUCCCUCAUCGAUAAGAAAUUUUAUUUAUUGUCAAAAAAAAUAAAUUUUAUAAGAGAAUAAUUUUUGUGAUAAUUUCAAAAAAAAGUGUGAGAUGAAGAGCUUUUUGAAUUUUUUUAGAUUUGUUUAUUUUUAUGAGAACUGAGAACAGAUAACCAAUUAAUUUUCCGAACAUUGAACUUAUGACGUUUGUUCUUCAAAAAUUAUUUUUCAAAUCGGAUUUUAUCAUUUAUUUUCAUUUGUUUUAAAAAUAAAUUAUAGGUACAUUGUAGGUAAUUAUUAAAUAAACCGCAACUUAAUAAAAAUAAAAAAAUAAUCAAACGUAUUUACGGCAAAUCGUUUAUGCAACUUCUUCAACACCAACUUGGAAUUUAGUUUUGGUUGCAUAACUUCAACUUGAACGGUACAAAAAACCUAAAAAUGGCGAACAACAGAAGAGGUUUGAUCUUUUUCAAUUAUCUUCUUGGUGAAGAUCGACUUUGUUGAGGAGAUCGUCCGCGUGAAGGUGGUGUUCUGGGAGGUGGUGGUUUAGGAGGAGGUGAUUUUCCAGGGGAUAAUUGUUGCGGUGGCGUUUGGAAUUUCGCAGAUCUAUCAGGUGACGUUGGAAAUGAAAACAAGGUCGGAGAUGAAGUAACUUUGCCUUCAGGUUGGGGUAGAGGGCCCUGAGUCACUUCCAUGUAGUAACUAAACACCACGAUGAAAGCAUAAAUUGACGCAACUGCAGAAAAAACAUGAGAUUCCAAUGAUUAUUCCAAACGGUCAUCGUAGCUUCAUUAUCCGAAACAUUUCACAAUAGUCUACAAUCCACGAACGUAAAACUGUUAACCUACUGAACUUUUUUGCUUACCAAAAAAAUUAUCCGGCAAAAUGUAGAAGGGACCCGCGAAAACCCAAAACACAUGAUUUCAAUAUUUCAAAAUUGCACAAUAGGGGGCUGGACCCUCACAGGGGUGUAUUUAUGAACGUGGGCGCUACCAAAAAAAUGAAACGUAGUCGUGAAGGGUGUCACCGCCAGAUACCAAAUAUGUGUUUUGUUCUGCUGGAAAUUAGCACAAACGGAUUUUAUUGCACUUUGAAUGAGGUUUUUAUGCAUUUUUAUGCAUUUUUGAUGGUUAAAUCGUUCUGUAGUCAUAAGUAUGCGCGGCUACCAAAAAAUUUUUGCGAAACUGGUUCGAAAAGAUUAUUUCCAACCGAACUGAAAAAAAACGGCUGAAAAAUACCUGCACAAUGACGAGUAAUGGCGCAGAGAAGUGUGGUUGAGAGGUUACCCCCACCCCAAAAUUUAGUUUGACAUUUUUUCCCCCGAAGUACUCGUGCGACCUAUCAAAAUGUAUUAAAAUUUCGCGUAGAAUACGAUUAUACCAUUAAUUUUUAAUUCCAGCCCUUCUGUGCUUCUCUCCUCCGCCCUCAAUUGUGGUUCGACAAUUUUUAGUGUACUUUGACAACUUUUUUGUGAAUACUCACGUGUGACCCAUCAAAAUACACUAAAAUUUCGCAUAGAAUCCGAAUAUGUCAUUCAUUUUCAAUUUCUACUUUUUUAUGCCCCUCUCCUGAUCCAACGUUUUUUUUAAGGUGAUGAAUAAAAUUUUAAAAGUUUAUUACAAAAUAAAAAUGAAAGCCGUACAACCAAAAUACUGUCUUGUUCUUACUAAUUAUUGUACAACCAAAUGUUCUUAUUAUCUAGAAACUAAAACUUACAAGGGAACCGCUUGAAGUGUCACACUCCGAUUUGAAUGGGACCGCGAUUUUUGGAAAGAGCAUAGUCUAAAACCCCCAUAACCAAGUUUCAGCUGCCCAAGUUCAUUUUUCGAUUACCACUCUUGAGGUGUCACUCCCAAAAUUGGCUCAAAUGUAGAUAAACUCGUUAAACAGGCUGAGUAUAAUACACAACUAGAUUUUUAGCUGCCCAGCUGCAUAUUCACACCUUCUGGAGCAAAUUCAAAAUUCUGGAGAAAUUUAAAAAUUGCGCUGGAGGCUCCAGAAUGGCUGGAAAUGGUAAAAUUUCGGCUUGGGUAAUUAAUAUUAGUUAUGGGACUUAUUUUGACCAUUUUUACUGAUCAAGUACGUACUUUUGACAUAGUGUAGAUGGCCCACAUCGGCUUAGGUGAUUCCUAUGAUAGGUAUCAGCUAUAGGGAUGCAAAUUAUACCUACUCAUUAGAAUUAUAUGGAAACAUGUUAACUAUUUAGUGAGUUAGAAAUGUACGCAGAUGACGUCACAGGCGGUCAAGGUCAACCCUUCUCAUUUAGUUGAGUUCUUUAUUAGACAAGGGUUAACAGCCCCUGCGACAUUUAUUGCUCGAGAUAGGAAAAUAAGAUCAUUAUUUAUCAAAAUUUAUUGUAAAGAAUGCUCGCUUUUUGGUAGGUCAUGGAAUCCCUUUGAAAUAUACCGAUGCCGCGGGCAUUUCUUACCCCUUUUUACCACAUGAUCAGGGGGAGGAUCCUAUUUCACUCUUUUUUCUAUAAAUUGAAUCGUUUUAGCGCCAAAAACUACUUGGCUUCUGAACCUGCAGCAAAUAGGCGUACCUCCUCUCGAACGUCUGUAUCAGCGUGAUUUUAUCAUAUAAUUUCUUACUCAAGAGUAGAAAUUAUUCACAGUAGUGAUGAUGAAAAUCAUGGUCUACCCUUUUAAUUUACGCCACUCCGGUCAGUGGUUAAUUCAUUGUUAAUACUUAAUUUGGUCAUGGAUCCGAUGAUCAUUAAUUUGUAUCUUUUUGGCAAUGUACCCUGAACCAGUCAGGUACGCAUUGUGCAAAGAAUUAAAGUGCACCUCUUUUAGUUAAGUUCCAUCGACACCUUUGGUAUUAGUAAGGCCCCAGAUAGAGAUGGAAAACGUGUAUAGUUUGGUAAGUAAGUUUGAAAUAACUUACUCAUAUCUAAUUAAUUCAACAUUAGCGAUUAAUUGGAGUAGAUGGGUGAGUAUGCCAUAGCAUGAGGGCUUGGGUACUUGGUCAAUUAAUUUAUUAAAAUAUCUUUCUAAUGGAGUUAGACAAAAUUACAUCUUGUUCUCUUUGGCUUAAUAUAUUUUUACUCAUCAAAGUUAUAUUUGUAAUCGAUAAUUUAGAUAGACUCAAGUGUUACUUUAUGGUACUUUGAUGUAAAAUGUUCUAUCUCUGCCUUAAAACAGCUCUUAGGCAACCAUUAAUGUUUGUUAAAAGAUUAGAUGCUGUCUUUGUAAAUUAUGUUUUAAUAAAAUGAUCUUAAUUUGUCUUA